GUUUUAGGUGGGGUUUGUUUUAAAGAUGGCGGAUAUUAAUGUCAGCUCUUUAGAGAGGGAAAUGGCUUCUGCUUUGGAAGCAGACAGGAGAUAUCAGAGAGAAAAUGACGCCAAAUUUAGAGCCAUUCACCAAAGAGUUGGAACUUAUGAAGAAUUCAGAGAUAUAGUCAAAGCCUCUCAUAUCAAAGCCUUGGAUCGAGAGGAUAUCAUAGGCUCAUCUUGUCAGCAACCUUGGAAUCCAGUGGCAUUAGUGGCCAGUGGUGAGUCACCUGAUGGAGGUGGAUUAGGAGAGUGUCAUCACCCGACCAGCCCACAGGAACUAGCUCGUGAAUGGAGACAGAGAAAAGGAAGAACACUCGAUCAAUACAAAUUACUGAUCAGCCUACCAAAGGAGUCCCUUCCUCAUUUAUUGAGAGCUGAGACAAGUGGUACUCUUAUUGGUGACAUUAUUAAAGUUUUAAAUGAACACUUUGAGGUUAGGGAUGUAGCUCAGAUUGAAGACAUUUUAUCAAACCUUUCGGAGUAUCCUCGUUUUUCACUCUCACUCCUCAUGUUGAGCAAGACAGAAAAAUCAUCACUUCAAGAUUUGUUCUCAAAGCUUCAAGCAACAGUGGAAUCUGACAGUGACAGACUGACACAACUUAAGAAAACUUUUAAAUAAAUUGUUUUUGUAAUUUUUAAGGUAAAAUUAAUGUGAAAUAAUCUA